GCACUCUUAUCAGUGCAUGUGUCACUCUCUGGCUGAUCAGUUGACAGAGCAGAUGUAAGUGACACAGAGAGCAGCAGGAGUCAGCAAUAUGUCUGUGAUAGAGUCAAAGACGGAGCUCUUCACCGUGGCUGACACUGGGGACUCAGGGCUAGGUUCAGCGGCAGUCAACUCCAGGAAGAUAGUCACCACCUUUGAGAGGUAUAUCCAGCCGUGCUUGGCUGAGAUGGUGGGAUGCACUCUCUUCAUCUUUGUGGGAUGCGGGUCUGUUAUUGAGAAUGCCGGUGUUCCGGGGAGCAUCCAGCCCGCUCUGGCUCAUGGACUGGCGCUGGCGAUUGUUAUCGCUGUACUGGGAGAGAUCAGGUAAGGACAUGCACUCUGAGGUCAGAAAGUUUUACUAUGUUUUUAUGAAUGAUUUAAGUAUAAUUUUGUUCCCAUGAGUGGAGAUUUACUAUAACUAGAGCCUGACCGAUAUAUCGGUUCACCGAUAUUAUCGGCUUAUUUUGGCCCUUUUACUGCUAUAUGAUAACUCAACCGAUAACUGAUAUUCAAUAACUAGGAUGAGAAAAGGGAAUCUCAUUUAUCUGAACACUUGUGGCCAUUCUCAUGAUGUGUCAUUAUUAUCACAAUGUAUGAAAUCAACAUUUGAAGGAUAUUUAUUGGACAAUUACUCUUUUGGAUGGCAAUUUAUGAUAAUUCAUUGUGGAAAAAUUACACUUUUUAAUUUUCGCGCUGUAAAACAAUUGGCACAUAUAUUGUAUUAGUACGUUUUGUCCCGCCAAAAAAUCGGAAUCAGUAUCAGACCCCAAAAAACAUAUAGGCUCUAGCUAUAACACGUAUGUUCAUCUCUUCUAUCAGUGUGAUUUUCCUAAUGCAUGAGUAUCAGUAGCAAGUAUUAAACAUGUUAUUCUGUCUGAAUCCAGUGGUGGCCACUUCAACCCAGCUGUGUCUGUGAGUGUGUGCGUCAGUGGAGGACUGGACGUCAUCCUACUGGGGCCGUAUAUACUCUCACAGAUAGUGGGGGGGAUGACUGGGGCUGGCUUGGCAAAGGUAAGGGGGCUUUCAGAUCAAGUUUGUUUGAGCGUUUUUUUGUUUUACUCUGGAGCGAUUACCCCCUAAAUUCGGUUUGUUUGGACAGGUGUCCAAACAAACCAAACAACACACUGUGGUUCGCUCAAAAGUAUAGUCUGUCUGAUUCCAUUUGAAUGUGGUGCGGUUCACUGCAGGUGAGAACAGUAGUACUGACCAAACACAGGAGGAAAAUAACCAGAGGCCAGCAGUAUUGUUUGUUUGACGCAAUAUCAUAACUUGAUAGCUCUGAAACAUUUUGUGAGUAGCAGUGCAUUUAUGAGCAGACUGGGACUGGUUGUCACAGUUUUUACUGUGUAUAUUUCUCAACACUGGUAGGCCUAUAUCAUAAGAUACUCUUUUAAAGAAGAAAGAAAGGUCUUGGGUAGCUGACUAAACUCCACUCCAUGGUGAAGGAAGUUUCUGAUGAACUCCACCAAUGGAGUGGAGCAGAGACCAGGCUUUGUGGAAUCUAGCUCCGACUACAUCGAUUCGCCCAAGGUCAAUACUUUAAAAAAUGUAAAUUAUGAAAUGCUUACCUUGUACCUAUGUUUGUCCUCGGUAGUUGUGUUUCUUUGUUUGCUGAAAUUCAUCCUUUUUCUAAAAACGUUAAUCAAAUAGAACCACCGACUGUUUGCUCAUUGCUGUUGCUCUACAAUGGCAACUCAGCGCAAAUGUGCAUGUGCCAAUUGAAUCUCAACAAGGAAACAGUUGUGGUAUUUCCUUAACAUUUAAUGAAAAAGUAUGGAUUUCAGCAAACAAAGAAAGGUGGAGUUCAUCAGAAACUUCCUUUACCAUGGAGUGGAGAUUAGUCAGCUAGGUCUUGGGGUUGAAAUGGGCACUCUUUUGGAGUUAUUGCCCAUCAAACAUUGUCUGUUGGAAAUGAAGAAAGUAUUGUGGGCUAGCCUUAGAAAUAAUCACACUAUUGAUUUUGAUGGAAUAUUGUUCUAACAAAAUUAAACAGCUUAUACUUUGUAAGUAUAAUUUUUUAUAUAAACACUCCCAAUAUAGCAUAAAGGCUAUAGCCUAUGAUCAGGGACACAACCUUCACUUGGGACCGGGGGUCAUGUCCCCCCCACAUUCUGAAAUUUCACUUUUUCAGUCGGUUGGAUUUAGGACCAUGCGGACACCCCAAAGCGGGCAGACAGGCUGUGUGAAAGGCAAAGCUUCUGGAAGGCUGGCUGGACCAGCACAGGAGAGUUGAACAGAGACAGCUGCUAUCAGUGUGUUGCCUUUCUCCGAGUUGUAAAAUCAAGCAGAGCAGAAACUGCCUACUCUUUAGUUGACUGAUGUAAUUGCUGUUUAACUUAACAGGGGAAAAAACUAAACUAGUGGUUAUUCCCAGUGCUGAGCUAUUAGCUAGUGUAACUGACAUGUAAUGUUAGAUCGUGUUUCAUCCCCUCUCGACUGAGGAGAAUGAAUUAGCUAGCUAGUAGCUAACUUAACACAGCCAGGUCAGCUCUAGCCUCUAGCUAUCUGGCAGAUAACGAUAUGAGGUGGCUACUAUUACUAUCUAACAGCUGUUGUUUGUAUGGAAAUGUUUUGUAGCCUUUGUUUUGUCCCAUUUCAACAGAAGUACACUACCGGUCAAAAGUUUUAGAACACCUACUCAUUCAAAGGUGUUUCUUUAUUUUUUACUAUUUUCUACAUUGUAGAAUAAUAGUGAAGACAUCAAAACUCUGAAAUAACACAUAUGGAAUCAUGUAGUAACUAAAAAAGUGUUAAACAAAUCAAAAUAUAUUUUAUAUUUGAGAUUCUUCAAAUAGCCACCCUUUGCCUUGAUGACAGCUUUGUACACUCUUGGCAUUCUUUCAACCAGCUUCAUGAGGUAGCCACCUGGAAUGCAUUUCAAUUAACAGGUGUGCCAUCUUAAAAGUUAAUUUGUGGAAUUUAUUUCCUUCUUAAUGCGUUUGAGCCAAUCAGUUGUGUUGUGACAAGGUAGCGGGGGUAUACAGAAGAAAGCCCUAUUUUGUAAAAGACCAAGUCCAUAUUACGGCAAGAACAGCUCAAAUAAGAAAAGAGAAAUGACAGUCCAUCACUACUUUAAGACAUGAAGGUCAGUCAAUACGGAACAUUUCAAGAACUUUGAAAGUUUCUUCAAGUGCAGUCGCAAAAACCAUCAAGCGCUAUGAUGAAACUGGCCGCCACAGGAAUGGAAGACCCAGAGUUACCAUUGCUGCAGAGGAUAAGUUCAUUAGUUACCAGCCUCAGAAACUGCAGUCCAAAUAAAUGCUUCACAGAGUUCAAGUCACAGACUCAUCUCAACAUCAACUGUUCAAAGGAGACUGUGUGAAUCAGGCCUUCAUGGUUGAAUUACUGCAAAGAAACCACUACUAAAGGACACCAAUAAGAAGAAGAGACUUGCUUGGGCCAAGAAACACGAGCAAUGGACAUUAGACCAGUGGAAAUGUGUCCUUUGGUCUGGAGUCCAAAUUGGAGAUUUUUGGUUCCAACCGCCGUGCCAUUGUGAGACGCGGUGUGGGUGAACGGAUGAUCUCCGCAUGUGUAUUUCCCACCGUAAAGUGUGGAGGUGUUAUGGUGGGGGGGUAUAUUGCUGGUGACACUGUCUGUGAUUUAUUUAGAAUUCAAGGCACACUUAACCAGCAUGGCUACCACAGCAUUCUGCAGCGAUACGCCAUCCCAUCUGGUUUGAGUUUAUUGGGACUAUCAUUUGUUUUUCAACAGGACAAUGACCCAACACACCUCCAGGCUGUGUAAGGGCUAUUUUACCAAGAAGGAGAGUGAUGGAGUGCUGCAUCAGAUGACCUGGCCUCCACAAUCCCCCGACCUCAACCCAAUUGAGGUGGUUUGGGAUGAGUCGUACCGCAGAGUGAUGGAAGGGCAGCCAACAAGUGCUCAGCAUAUGUGGGAACUCCUUCAAGACUGUUGGAAAAGUAUUCCAGGUGAAGCUAGUUGAGAGAAUGCCAAGAGUGUGCAAAGCUGUCAUCAAGGCAAAGGGUAGCUAUUUGAAGAAUCUCAAAUCUCAAAUAUAUUUUGAUUUGUUUAACACUUUUUGGGUUACUACAUGAUUCCAUAUGUGUUAUUUCAUAGUUUUGAUGUCUUCCCUAUUAUUCUACAAUGUAGAAAAUAGUAAAAAUAAAGAAAAAUCCUUGAAUGAGUAGGUGUUCUAAAACCUUUGACCGGUAGUGUAAAUGAACUUGCCUAGCCCUCGCCAGUUGAGAGAGAGAGCUGUCCAAAGUUGGCUAACGUUAGCUAUUCUUUUUGCCUCAAUCACACUAGACCUGAAUCAAACAAUGAAACCAGCGGCCAAACGUUUGAAUACCGAUAUUCUGACGUUUUUUCAGCGCAAUGUGAGUUUUUAUUAGUCAGUAUAGCAAUGUACAGUGGGGAAAAAAAGUAUUUAGUCAGCCACCAAUUGUGCAAGUUCUCCCACUUAAAAAGAUGAGAGGCCUGUAAUGUUCAUCAUAGGUACAUGUCAACUAUGACAGACAAAAUGAGAAAAAAAGUCCAGAAAAUCACAUUGUAGGAUUUUUUAUGAAUUUAUUUGCAAAUUAUGGUGGAAAAUAAGUAUUUGGUCAAUAGCAAAAGUUUCUCAAUACUUUGUUAUAUACCCUUUGUUGGCAAUGACACAGGUCAAACGUUUUCUGUAAGUCUUCACAAGGUUUUCACACACUGUUGCUAUUUUGGCCCAUUCCUCCAUACAUGUGGUCCUCUGUAGCUCAGCUGGUAGAGCACGGCGCUUGUUAUGCCAAGGUAGUGGGUUCGAUCCCCGGGACCACCCAUACACAAAAAAAAAAUGUAUGCACGCAUGACUGUAAGUCGCUUUGGAUAAAAGCGUCUGCUAAAUGGCAUAUUAUUAUUAUUAUUAUUAUACAGAUCUCCUCUAGAGCAGUGAUGUAAGUGGGAGAACUUGCACAAUUGGUGGCUGACUGAAUACUUUUUUCCCCCACUGUAAUGUAAUUGAUCUGUCAGUUUCCCUAGCUAAUUCCCUACUUUUCACACAAAUACAGUAAUAAACAGCUCUACAUGCUUCACAGUCAUGGUGCACAGUCAGUACACAACACUAUUCUCAUUCAUGUCUUAGCAGGAUCAGAUGGUGACAGGUGUCUGGGCAGGGUCAGACAGCCAGGGAAGACCAGUCUACGGAGCUCAGGUGAAUUUUGCAGUAUAUUAACAAUAUCAGAGAAUGAUACAAAGUUCCAUCUUGAGUUGAUGGGUAGACCUACAGUAGCUACAGGACAGCAGCUUAAGCUUAAAGCUACAGUUUGGGAUCUGGGAAUAAUGGUCAUUUCAGUUAUUGAACCAUUGAUUCUAUUCUUGGAUAAUAUAGUGUAUAAAUGUACACCAAUGUAAUUAUUUGUCUUGACUCAUCUUAGGAGGAUCAGAUGGUGACAGGGGUCUCAGCAGGGUCAGGCAACCAGGGAAGACCAGUCUGUGUUGGAUUUUUGCAGAUGCAACACUUUAUUCUCUCUGUGCAGCAAAUACUGGACAAGCCAGAUUCUUCAAAGAUUGAAACUAUUUUAAGGCAGUCUGACAAACUUCCAAAGUUGAUUUCCAAACUGUAUGACACAAAACAUGUCAAACAAAAAUGUGAGAAAGACCUGGUAGAAUGAGUAAUUGAUGAUGAUGAAUGGAUACAGAUAUGUUUGAAUGCCCUGUCAUGUUCAUAUGAUCUCAGACAUACAUUACUGCAGUUUAAGACCAUGCAUAGAACAUACUAUAUGCCAGUGAAACUGAAUUACAUGCACACAGAAAUGUAAUUCCUCUGCUGGAGGUGUAAAACACAAAAUGGGACAUAUUUGCAUAUGUUAUGGUCUUGUGAAGGCUUGCUGAAUUCUGGCAAAGAGUAUUCUCUUUUAUCUCAGCAUGUCUACAGAUUCUCCCUUCUCCCUGUUUAUGUUUGCUUGAAAAUGUUGAUACUAGAGACUGUUAUCAGAAGAAGCUGUGUAACCAAGCAUUUAUAGCGGCUAAGAAAUGCAUUGCCAUUAAUUGGAAGGUUGGUUAUCCUCCCACAAUGGAUGGCACAAAUGUCAAAUGAUGUAUCACUAGAUUUGAUUUAUUACAAGAGUAAAUGGAAUACAGUACGAUAAAAGGAGUCUGUUUUGGAAACAUGUCUACGUCAGAGGAGAUAUCUAUUUAGGCAAUCCCUAGCUGCUGGGCUGCUCAGUCCUGGCCCUGGGGGUCUGUCGUCCUGUGCGUUGUCACUCUGGCCUUGGCCUAACACACCCGAAACCAAUAAUGAAUGUUUCACUAAGAUCCUAAAGCUGUGUGGGGUGUGUUUGGUUGGGGCGCUGCAGGGCGGUGGACCCCUAGAUACAGGACGGGGUGAUCCAGCUAUAUUGUGUGCAAGUAAAAAGAGCUGAACAAAACUAUAAACACAACAUGCUACAAUUUCAUAGAUUUGACUGAGUUACAGUUCAUGAAUAAAUAAAUAAAUUAAUUGAAAUAAAUUCAUUAGGCCCUAAUCUAUGGAUUUCACAUGACUGGGCAGGGGCGCAGCCAUGGGUGGGCCUAGGAGGGCAUAGGCCCACCCACUUUGGAGCCUGGCCCACCCACUGGGGACCCAGGCCCAGCCAAUCAGAAUGAGUUUUUCCCCACAAAAGGGCUUUAUUACAGACAGAAAUACUCCUCAGCAGAGGAUGUCUUAAUAAAGACAAUCAACCACUUAAAACAAAAGUAAUAAUGAUCUCUUACCUAGCUUGAUGACUGUGGGCAUUUUUGCUUACUUUUUGUUGUUCUAAAUAGACACGACAUAUUGGAUUGUGUAGAAAUGCAGGAAAUGAGCAUUAGAUGGCCAAAAAAGUCCUCCCCAGACCCCCGGCCAGGUUAUGUCCCCCCCACUUCUAAAACCAAAGUUGUGCCCCUGUCUAUGAUCCUAAUUUCCAUGUCUUGUCCUUGCAACAAUUUAGAAAUCAGUUUGAAAUAGGCUAUAGCUCUCCUUUUCCUCUUAAUUGUUCAUGGAUAGCCUACUCCUAUAAUUCAAACAAUUAAAAUACCAAGACGUAUGUUUUACUUUCACCUCAUAUACACUGUAAAACCCUGAAACAUGACGCGUUUAUAACCUAAAGUAAUGUGACAACCAACCCAUGAUGAGAGGACCAGCCCCAGUCUCCCCUAUUCAACCAACCCAUGAUGAGAACCAGCCCUAGUAUCCCCUAUUCAACCAACCCAUGAUGAGAACCAGCCACAAUCUCCCCACUUCAACCAACCCAUGAUGAGAGAACCAGCCCCAGUCUCCCCUAUUCAACCAACCCAUGAUGAGAGAACCAGCCCCAGUCUCCCCUAUUCAACCAACCCAUGAUGAGAGAACCAGCCCCAGUCUCCCCUAUUCAACCAACCCAUGAUGAGAACCAGCUCCAGUCGCCCCUAUUCAACCAACCCAUGAUGAGAACCAGCCCCAGUAUCCCCUAUUCAACCAACCCAUUAUGAGAACCAGCCCCAGUCUCCCCACUUCAACCAACCCAUGAUGAGAACCAGCCCCAGUCUCCCCACUUCAACCAACCCAUGAUGAGGGAACCAGCCCCAGUCUCCCCACUUCAACCAACCCAUGAUGAGGGAACCAGCCCCAGUCUCCCCACUUCAACCAACCCAUGAUGAGAACCAGCCCCAGUCUCCCCACUUCAACCAACCCAUGAUGAGGGAACCAGCCCCAGUCUCCCCUAUUCAACUAACCCAUGAUGAGAGAACCAUCCCCAGUCUCCCCUAUCCAACCAACCCAUGAUGAGAACCAGCCCCAGUCUUCCCUAUAAUCCCAUCCAAUCAUUAAAACCCCAAUCUAAUCCCAAUCUAAUCGUACAGAUGUUGUGAUAUUCCACAGGCAGUCUCCUCCAUCAUCAGCUAUGACAGUGCAGCAGGGGGAGCAUUCAACGUGGUUAAAACCACCGGCGCCAUCGGCAGUGCCACUGUAGCAGAGAUGGUCAUGACCCUCUUCUUGUCCCUGGUAGUCUGUAUGGGGGCCGUCAACGGCAGGACCCGUACCCCACUGGCCCCACUUUGCAUCGGGCUCACUGUGACUGCUAACAUACUGGCUGGGUAAGGGCUGAGCAAAUCUAUGGAGACCUGUCAUGGUAGAUGUAGAUGAUGUAUUGAAAUGACAAGGGUUCACGGCAGAACAGGUUCAAUACUAUUCCUGCUGUGCCGUUAUCGACAAUAACAAGAAAUGGCACAGCAGGAAUAAAGAGGACAUUGCCAUUGACAUCACUGCCUGCCUGAUGACAUCACUGCCUGCCUGAUAAUGAUUAAUUCUACUAACUACAUGUAUUGAUCUGAUGUAAUGCAUUGUUCGAUCAAUAUAAAACCAGAUUUGUUUGUCCCAUUGGUCUUUUAGCGGGUCAGUAUCUGGAGGGUGUAUGAACCCAGCGCGGGCGUUUGGCCCUGCAGUGGUGGCUAACUACUGGGAGUACCACUGGAUCUACUGGGUGGGACCGGUUGCUGGGGCCCUUAUCACUGGCAGCUUGAUCAGGUAGGAUACAGCACACCCAGCCUUCAUUACUCACCUAUUUAUAGAUUGUAUUACCCUUAUGCCAUAGAUUGUGGCCUUAAAGAGGCCAUAGAAUGGCACUGCAUUUUCAGUUUCAGCCUGUCAUACAUCAUACUCUAUACAGUCAGUAGGAGAGUAUUGCUUCUUCGCAUUGCAAUUCAUGUAUUGUUUACUAUCAUUGAAUUCCUAUUUUUGUAUACAGGUUGUUGUUUGGAGACCAGAAGACACGUCUUGUUCUGAAGUGAAAGUGUUGUCUUGGAGACAUGAGGGCAUUGUCUUCCAAAAUAUUGUAUUGCCCUGUAUAGCUUGCAGAACUUUUGUAUUUCACAUCUUGUCAUACACGUCAUAUUGUUUUGAACUGUACUGUACUGUAAAACAUUUGUUUUUCUUCAUAAAUACAGUACAUUCAAACCUAUAAUCACCUCUGGCCAUUCAGGCCGUCAGUCAUUGUUGAUGUGUUUGGUUCAAAGUUCUUUAAUGGAAACUAUUUUAUUACACGAUAGGUGGUGUAAUAACUUUUUGAACUUAACAGACGCAUUGAACUCACUGACUGAUAAAAUAAGUUCAAAAUCACACUUCAACUGGCAUGCAUAUAUCAUUUAUUGACAAUAUCAAAAAAGAUGUUUAAUGUUUUCACAUUUGCCAUGCAUCCCUGACAUUAAGUGUCUCAAACGUAAAAUACAC